AUGACUUUGUUCAUCAAAUGUCAGGCGAGAAAGCUAGAGGAGAAACUGCAGGUGGCGCUGGAGUGUCUGCUUGCCGACGAGGAUGAUCACGUGCGUAGGGCGUCUGCCAUAACCCUCUACAGCAUCGACAGACAACGCCCUCUGGACGUCGCGAGCAAGCUGUCGGAUCUGAUGUGGAACGACUGGAGCACAGCGGUGCGUCACGCCGCCUCGCAGACGCUCGGCCGACUCGGUGAGGGCCGGCACGUGCAUAACAACCUGCUGCACCUGCUGCAGGCCGGCAACGAGACGGCACGCGCAGAGGUGCUCGAGAAGAUAGGGCGCAUAGGUGUGAUGACGGCCAAGCUGCUGCCAUCGUUCCUGCGCUGCUUCCAGAGCGAGUUCGUGUCGGUGCGUGUGCGUGCGUGCGAGGCGGCGGCCAGGCUGCUCUCGCGGGAGCCCCGCAUCGUAGCUGAGCUGUUAGAGCUAGCCAUGUACGACGGCAGCUGGAGGGCAAAGGCACACGCCAUCAAAGCGCUCGGUGAACUCGGUGACCCCUCGCCGGACAUCCGGGACUGCCUGCUCUGGGCGCUUCGCUUCGAGUCGGCAGCGGGCGUCCGCGCUGAAGCCUGCCACGCCCUCGUGCAGCUGCAAAUCACUGACCCAGAGGUCAUCAAGGUCAUGCUGGAUCGUCUGUGGCUGGAGUCGAACGAAGUCGUAGAGAGCGAGAUCAAGAUGGCGCUGGCGCAGCAACAAGUGAACGUCGCCGGUGCCACGCAGUCGACGUCUAUGCUGGAGAGUGCAGACAUCAAGAAGCUGUGCGAACCUCACGCCAUAGCUGCUCAGAUUCUAGCUAGCCAGGAGCAAGAGAAGGCGAAGGCAAAAGCGUCGGCUGCGAGAAAGAACGCACGGGUCGUCGACGCUGGAAAGAUGCUGGAAUCUGCUGCGGAAUAAACUCUCUCCGACUCUCCUGCCGCGAUUGGUUCAAUUCAAGUUGUUUAGGACGUUCGGGAUUUGUACAGGACCUGGGAAAUCUGAAAUGCACUGUGAUUAUAACAAAAGGGAAUUUUUCCAGCUGUGGUUAGUACUGGAUAAUUGACUACUGGCUUUAGAUCUACAGGGUCUGAUCCCGCGAGGAUUAACAGACGUGUGUCACUCUAGCCUGAGAUGCAAGGAUAUUCAUGUCUUGUGUGUCAGUUUUGUUCUCUAGUCGUUGAUUGUGCGAUACGGGAACCAAAUAUUGCAUUUGGCUGAAAUGUUGUUUGCCGUGGAGAUUAGAUCUUUCAAGUCCUGGAUAACUCCUGGAAAACCGGAAAAAAGCGUUUGCCUUAGAUGUAUAUGUUUUGUGUUAUUCCGUUAUUUUUCUUAUAUUUUCUUCUGCGUCUUAUUCUUCUUCUUCUUCUUCU